AUGUCUCUUGGCAUCAGCCAAGAGGCAGCAUCCAAUUAUUCCCAGGGUAGGAGUGAGCCCCUUGUGCCCACUGUCAGCCCCCUGUGCUCCGUCUGCGUGCCAGCGGACGGAGCGGCCCAAAGACGCGGUUCUGCGAUUCAACGUGCCACUGGACCAGCACGGCCUGCAGCAGCCAGCUCUGCCCCCGCUGCCGGCACUUCGUGCCGCAGCGCAGCCCAGCAGCCCGAGACGAGAGAGGAGCAGGGCCUGAAGACACUGAGGAGCAUCGUGAGUCUGGGCCAGCCAGUGAGCAAAUACACGGCAUUUGAAGAACUUGGGCGAGGGGGUUUUGGCGCUGUUUAUAAGGCCCUUGACACCGGCACAGGACAACAGGUGGCCAUCAAGAUCAUGUCACUCCAAGAGGAGAUGUCCGAGGAGCUGGCUGUCAAUGAAAUCCUGGUCCUGAGGGACAACAGGAAUCCCAAUAUUGUCACCUACUUGGACAGCUACCUGGUGGAUGCGGAGCUCUGGCUGGCCAUGGAGUUCAUGGACGGCGGCACGUUGUUUGAUGUGCUCAGGGCAGUGUACCUGGAGGAAGGACAGAUAGGCGCUGUCUGUCGGGAGUGCCUGCAAGGACUGCAUUUCCUUCACUGCCGCCAAGUCAUCCACAGAGACAUCAAGAGCGGCAACGUUCUCCUGGGCAUGGACGGAGCUGUCAAAUUGGCUGACUUUGGCCUCUGCGCUCAGCUCAGCCCUGAGCGCAGCAAGCGCAGCUCCAGCGUCGGCACUCCCAGCUGGAUGGCACCGGAGGUGGUGCGAGGAGAAGCCUACGGCCCCAAAGUGGACAUCUGGUCCCUGGGGAUCAUGGGGCUGGAAAUGGUGGAAGGGGAAGCUCCUUACCAGAGGGAAGCCCGUCUCAGGGUUUUUGAACUGAUAGAAAGGAACGGGCCCCCAAAACUGCAGAACCCCAGGCAGCACUCGGCUCUCCUGCGCGACUUCCUCCGCUGCUGCCUGCAAGCAGACCAGGACAGGCGCUGGAGUGCCCAGGAGCUCCUGCAGCACCCGUUUGUGACCUCAGGCGAGCCUGCCUCCAGCCUGGCUGCUCUGAUCACCUCAGCCAAGCAAGCGCAGGAUUGA